AUGUACUGCAGGCUACUUUCACGGUCAACAGCUCGUGUAAGGUCAUUCGCUACUGCUUCGUUACCCCCCGAUGGCACGGUGGUGUCGGAGACAAAUCGUGCUGAGGCUACCCUGAAACGUUUUUGGGAGACAGUAGGAAUCUCAAAGAGAGAUGACGGACUCGCUGUGACGCUUGACAUGCGAGCAUUGAAAACACCUUCUGGCAAUACCCUGCUGUUACCCGGAAACAAGCGUUUAGUUGCAACACUUAUUGCAAACGAAUGGGAAAACCAGGAAAUUUUGCUGAAACCUCAUGCUCUUCCCAUGACUUCCAUAGCCUCACGGGCCAUCGAUGCCUUCCAGGAUGAAAAAACAUGCUCAGAAGUGCGAGAAUCUCUUCUCGAUUACUUGGAUACUGAUACAAUAUGUUUUCAUCACGACGACCCACCUCCGUUGGUAGAACUCCAGCACAAGCACUGGGAUCCAUUGAUCGAGUGGGCGACAUCUACGUUCAACAUCGACAUACAAGUCUUCACCUCAAUUUUGUUCCAUUCACAAUCGGCAGAAACACGAGCUAAGUUUGACACCGUCUUGACUGAGAUGGAUCCCUGGGAGUUGGCUGGUGAGUGCCAUGAAAUUAUCAUUGAAGCUAAGGGGACCACAUUGACCAUUCUAGCCAUGGAACGCGUGACAUAUACGACGAAAUCUUUUUUGAUUGCGCUUGCCCUCGUGAAGAGGCAUAUCACUGUUGAAGAAGCAGCUGUGGCUGCACAAGUUGAAGUCUCGAGUCAGAUUCAAAGAUGGGGAGAGGUCGAAGACUCUCACGAUGUCGAUUUCCACGACAUACGCAGACACUUGGGGAGUGCUGCUUGUUUGCUCACGAAUAGUUCUUAGAUAAUGGAAAUAAAUAUCCAUCUCCUAUCUAAUUGAUCAUCGUUUCAGGAGUAUCCAUAUAUCCAAACGUUCGUGCUUUUCGCGCGGAAAGCUAUGCUGUCCAAUUUAAUGCUCCCCCUCUCGCACUUUGGCUGGC